UGAAAUACCAAAACCUAAUUUCAGUAAUUUGCUUCAGAAAACGAACCUCGACGGCUCCCCAGAACCAACAUGAAAGAGGAGGUAUUUGAUUCUCUGCCCGGCGCCUAAUCGUCGUUUUUUGGAUUCACAGGGUUAGCCGAUUCAUCCAGACAGUCAUUGCAACAGCAUUUCAUUACAGAAAGGCACUGGCAAACAACAGCCUUAAAAGAGACUCCAUACUUCCGUCAGAACGUCCUUCCAAAGUUAAAUUUGUAAGAUGGUCACCUCCAACAAUGACGCAAAAAUUUAAACUUAACACACAUGCAAGUAUUUCAGAACAACACGUUUUCAUGGGAUAUGCCAUCUUUGACCAUCGUGGCAUACAUCUUUUACGACGUGCAAAAGCUUUAAAAAUUGAAAAUUGCACGAUGAGAAAGGCUGGGGCAAAAAAUGAAAAACCUAAUAUAGUGGAGGCUGAGGCAAGAGUACUCGAAUUAGCUUUAUUUGACUUACAGGAAAGAGAAUGGCUACCUGUUGUGGUUCAACUUGGUUGUGUCGCAUUGUAUCAAAAGCUUGUAGAUCCGGUAUAUACAAUAACUUCAAAGGAAUUACGGAACAUUAUUGAACGUUGUAAGCAAAUCAUUGACGAGAAGUGUAUCCAAGUCUAUUGGACACAUCGACGAGCUAAUGUAUUUUCCAACUCUUUGAUGGAAUCUGUGAGAAUGUACAAAAAUGAUAUUUGUGCCACAGAAUUAGAUCCUAAGCUAUGUCGCUUUACUUGGGACCAAAUGUUUGGGCCCUUUAAACCUUAUUUGUCUAAAACAACCAGCAUUUCCUUAGAGCGUCUCAAGUAUCUCUUGUCAGAUGAAGACGGAUUCGCACAAAAAAUCCUGUGUUGGAUUAAUAUGGCACUGAGUAAGGAGAUGGUUCCAAGAGAAAUCAUAUUUGAGAUUUCUACAAGGAAGGGAGUGCGAUUAGUAGAAAGAUAUUUGAUGUCAAUAACUCCUGCUGACAACAAAGUCUCAUAUCCUACUCAAGAUCAAGUUAUACAUAUGUUAAUUGAUAUUUUGGAACAUUUGAAACCUAUUCCAGUCCCACGGACUAUCGUUAUGUACUUGCAGUUUGAAGAUGAGAUCAAGUUACUACCAAAUGAUAUGUUCGAAUCAUGUUCAUCAGAAGAUUUGACGAUUACGUCUCAUCCUUCACAUUUCUUUUAUCAUCUAGGCGCAAUACGAUUUGAAAGUCUUGUUCUAACACUACGGGUUUUGAGCUAUUAUGCUCCAGGGAUUUGCAUUCGUCGACUUAAGUUUGGACCCCGUAAAAAUUAUAUAGGGAAGGAUAUAAAGAGUACCAUUAUGGGAUGGUUUCACAUGAGAACAAUUGACGACUUUCAACUUAUAGAUAUCCUUAAUGAAGUCAAUUGCAAAUGUGUGGAGGAAAUAGAAGGUAAUUCGAUCAAAUUAUAAACAAAGAUGGAAUUCAAGAUUCUCAUGUGAAAGAAAGUACUUUCUUUUUUCUUUUUAAUAUUGUUUGAGUGGUUUUCAGUAACAUUGAAGGAGUUCCUGAAAAAAGGUAUACUCGUUGAGAAAAAACCUGAUCUUUACAUAAUACAGCGGAAACAACUGCCUCAACCAAUUCAGAAUGAUUUCAUUAUGGAAGAUUUGAAUGAUAAACAUAAAAAAAACGAUGAGAUUAUUCUUUAUAACUACAAGGUUGUGGAAGGAAUUGAUCUCUAAGGGAGCUUUGAAUGUAGGGGCUAUUCUUAUUUUACCAACGAGUUCGAGUUAGUCCCAUUGAUCGUAUAUUGCCAGAGAUUGAAGUAAAGAUAGGCAAUCUAUCUUUUUAGAAUUAUCUUCAUAAUUAAAAAAUAUAUUCUUGUGAUAUAUAGGUCCUGUUCCUUGUCAGAAAUAUAAUGAAGUCACUUUUUCUAUUUUUUUUCUAGGCCCCUGCUACUAAGAAAUAUGUUCACUUCUUAAAAUAUCCCAUAUACUUUAUUAGUAUAUCCUCGAAAGAGAAAUUGUAGCAUAAAAAAGAGCUUGAUUGGUAUUAUUGGCCAUUUUAUUUUUGUCUAUGUGCUACCAUAGAGUGGUAGAUUCAACAAGCGGUGCAAAUGACACCCCAACAUCAUGAAUUGACAUGCCUAACUUUUGUAUCUUGUGCUCAUAAUAAAAUUUUAGAG